UCCCCUCGGAGCUCACGCUGGAGCUUGGAGUCUGCACACCAUGGACCUGCAGCUGCUGGAGCAUCGGGUGCGGGUGACCAGCAUUGACAAGUCCGGCCUCUGGUUCUACACUCACCCCAUCGUCAAGUUGUUGUUCCUGCGGCAUCGUACCAGAUGCAAAUUCUUCAGUUUGACAGAGACGCCGGAGGAUUACACCUUGAUGCUGGAUGAGGAAGGACUUGCAGAGUUACCACAGUCCAAUUUUCUACACGUGGCAGAGAAUACGUGGAGAGUCCUGAAUGUGCUGUCCAACGGGAUCCAGACUGGAGGUGUCACAAAGAUUGCCAAGUCUGUCAUUGCUCCUCUGGCAGAGCACAAUGUCUCUGUGCUGAUGCUUUCCACGUACCAGACUGAUUACAUUUUGGUGCGGGAGGAUGAUUUGGCUGUGGCUUUCCAAACUCUCUUGGGAGAACUUAAUAUUUACAAAGAAGAAAAUGGAGAGUUGGUCCGCAUGAGUCUCGGGGAAGCCACCAACGGCUUGAAAACCAGGAGCUUGUUCAAUUUGACAGUACAUCCUGUGCAAAGUCCUACGAACAAGUUUUGUAUUCUGACAUUGGAUCGGGACACGCUGCCCUCAAUUACUACCAUUCUGUUAGAUGUCCUGUUCUACUCCCAUAAGUCACAUGAAGAUUCUCCUUUACAGAACAGCGAAUCCUUUCCGUUUUUUGCCUUCUCCUUAAUAGACGGAUAUAUUUCUAUUGUUAUGGAUACAGAGACACAGAAGAAAUUCCCGACUGACUUACUUCUAACAAGUUCAUCCAGGGAGCUGUGGCGGAUGGUGAGAAUUGGAGGGCAGCCCCUGGGCUUUGAUGAGUGUGGAAUAGUGGCACAGAUAGCAGGGCCUUUGGCUACAGCAGAUAUAUCCGCUUAUUAUAUUAGCACCUUUAAUUUUGACCAUGCAUUGGUACCAGAAGAAGACAUUGACUGUGUGAUUAAAUUAUUACAUGAUCGGGAGGAAAAUAAAAGCUAGGGUAAAAUUUCUGUCUUGCUAUGGUAAUAAUCGACACGAGAAGUAAUGAUGGAGCUUCCGUGUGUGGUCCCCCUCUGAUCUUAGAGGAAUGAGAUCUCAAGCAAGAGUAUGGACAAUGAAGAGAACUUUUUGUGUCUGUUUGUAUCUCCAUGGUGCUACAGCGGUCUAUCCAGUGCCAAUGAGCUAAAUGAUACAUCGAUAUUUUGAAGAACUUUUAUAUUAUCUUAUUAUAUAUACGGAAAUGAUCAUAUAUAUUUCCGUGCUGUGUGUGCCUAAAUAGCACAUGUUGUUGGGUUAGUAAGCAGUGCUUUGUUUUGUGUAUGCAAUAAUCUGGUGUCUACAGUGGAACAGUUUUCCAUGGCAUCCAUUUGAUUUCGAUUUGUUGCGGCACCACCAGUAGAGCUUUGGUUUUAAGAGGACCUGUCACCGCUGCCAACAUGUCUUUUACUAAAUAAUUUUAUUUCCCAUGCAGUAACUAUUCUGGAGCAUCUUUUUCAUAUAACUCUGUUGUUGUGUUCUUCAAUUAUUGUUGUCCCAAUCGCUCUACUCCUCCCCCCAACUGGUAACACCCAGUUGCAGGUUUAUUUGUAAACUUCUAGUAGCAAUAACUAAGGAACGAAACAACAUGGAGUCAUAAGAAUAGAUGCUCCAGAAUUUAUAUUUCAUGGGGA